AUGAGCAGUUCAGAAGAGGUUUCUUGGAUAUCAUGGUUUUGUGGUCUCAGGGGAAAUGAAUUUUUCUGUGAAGUUGAUGAGGAUUAUAUUCAAGAUAAAUUUAAUUUAACAGGGUUAAAUGAACAAGUUCCCCAUUAUAGACAAGCCCUAGAUAUGAUAUUGGACCUAGAACCUGAUGAUGAACUCGAAGAUAACCCUACACAGUCUGAUCUUAUUGAACAAGCUGCUGAGAUGUUAUAUGGACUUAUACAUGCUAGAUACAUUCUUACUAAUAGAGGAAUAGCACAAAUGAUAGAAAAAUACCAAGCUGGUGAUUUUGGAUGUUGCCCUCGGGUGUAUUGUGAGUCUCAGCUGAUGCUACCGAUUGGCCUCUCAGAUGUGCCUGGUGAAGCGAUGGUUAAAUCUUACUGCCCUAAAUGUAUGGAUGUUUAUACUCCUAAAUCAUCUAGACACCAUCAUACUGACGGUGCCUAUUUUGGUACAGGUUUCCCACACAUGUUAUUCAUGGUGCAUCCCGAAUAUAGACCCAAAAGACCUUCUAAUCAAUUUGUCCCCAGGUUAUAUGGAUUCAAGAUUCAUCCCUUAGCUUACCAGAUCCAGCAACAAGCAGCUGCAAAUUUCAAAGCCCCGCUGAGAGCAAUGAGUUACAACAAUGGCAAACGUUGA